AUGCGUUACCACGUUGGCCGUGCUUGUGCUGUGGCGGGCUACAGCACCUUGUAUGGCGAGCUCAAUCUGUUACCUGAUGUUUCUAUCGCAGAAGAAGCUCGGGAUAACCGACUCUACAACAUCUUUGAGGCCAUUGUCCACCAAGAUACAAGAUACGCCGUCAUGGAUGACUACACUCGCACAGUCAACCUCCAGUCCCCUAAGCCCGGGUGCCUCAACGGCGACACAGCCGUACGAUCCACAAUAGUCAUUACAACGCUAGACCGCGAGUUUCUUGACCUAUUAUGGAAACCGCUGCCUCGGGAUCUGCCUACAACGAACAAGGACGCGCUGAUUAUUGCAGCCGUCUGGGACGGUAACGUAGACCGCUAUCAUCGUCUGCGGCGUUCAAAGCUUGUCCCUAACGAGAUCUCAGCUGUCGUACGCGGUGCUUAUCACCAUACGCCCUUUGCAAGAUGGCUGGACACGUGUUUGCACGGCAUCUACACAAAGUACGAGUGGCUAUACGUCCGGGAGGCUGUUAACGCGCAGUUCGUUAUGAACAAUGACCUUUCUCGCGUCACCACUGACACCGAUGGCCAAGAUCUACCCGCGAUGUUCUGGUGGCCUCAUAUGCCACACGAGAACACGCUACGGGAGUUUGUGUGGAGACGUCCCGACUUUAAGCAUCAGGUGACGCUCGCUUGCAUCGCUGGAGACUAUCAAGAGCUGUUCGACGAGCUCCAGCCCCAGGUCAACCCGUCGCAGUGGCAAUGGCAGGUCGCGUGCCAGAGCACACACCCGUACUACCGCCAGGCUGUUGAACGGCGCGCGGCUGAAGAGAAGCUCGAGCUGUUCGGCGAGCCAGAAAAUUUCACGACUUCCGGGUAUGAUAACGGCUGGAGCAGGACGUACUUGCGGUUCAACAAGGAUCCGUCUUCACGCGAGUUGGCGUACAUGCCCCACAAUAUUCGCAACAUACCGGAUCAUGAGGGCAAUGGCCUCGAGUCUUGGGAGGACGCGAGCGGCGAUGUGCUCAACAAGCACAUGCAGCUCCAAAUGGCCAAGUGGGCGACGUCUAUUAGCCAGACGGACGAGGAAAGGGCGCCUGAGGGCAUGUUGUAUUCGUCCAGUGCUGGCAUUAAGCGCCGCAAGACUCCUGCACCGAAACCGAAGAAGCCAAAGGACGUUUCAUCACUGGAUGAUCACUAUCCCGAGGACAGCGAUGGUCAGACCGAGCCUCAAGAGUCGGGCCCUAUUUGA